AACCGACGAGUUGAUUCUCCGCAUUUUGCGAACCCCUUCUGACUGUGCACUGUGUGCGCUUGGCCGCUGGGGGGUCCUUGGGAGGUCUGGGGGAGACGUGAGUGGCGACCCAGUGUCAGGAGUAUUGUGUCAAGUUAAGUUAGGAGGCUCUUCCACUGUGCGUGCGGACCUUAAGAAGGAACAUCUUGGGACAGCUCUUGGGGCCUCUGCCAUCUCCCUUUCCUGAAGUGCAGGGAAACAGAAAGUGGCUGUCCCAGGCUCACAGGGGGAUGGAGAGGCAAAACCUCCCCCGGUGGGGAGGAAGUGGGGAAAGGAAGGUGCACUCUUAACCUCCAGGGCAAGAUUGAAAGGAGAUGCCCCACCAAGCCUAGAGACCACAGAGGGCGUCUGUGUUUUGCUGUUACUUCACUGUCCUCUGACGCCCUGAGAUGCCCUCCUGGACCCUACCCCUUAUGUCCUUGGCCUGAGAACAGGAGAACCUUCUGGGUGAAGGAGGUGAACACUGCAGCUCUUCUUCCAGUUUCCUGCCUGUCCCGCCUGAGGUGGAGUUAGUGGCAUGGGAAUGCACCGCAGGAGAUAAUCUUCCAGUCACUUCCACCUGGAAGGGCCAGUGGAUUUUUUUGUAAUCAUUUAUUUUGGCAGCAUUUAACCUCCCCUGGGUUAAGAUCAAGGCUUCACAUUUGGAGGCCCGUUUCCUGUUUUGGGUUUAGGCAGGCUCUGGAAGCCAGUUUCCAGGGCUGACAACCCACUGUGGAUCACUCAAGUGGUUAACUGGGGUGGGGGACACUUUUCUUGGCCCCCUGGACCAUGCAUGGGGAGGGUAAGGUAAUGGGGGCUGGGCUGUACCCCAGGUACAGACAGGUACCGGAAAGCUUAGCUUCCAGUGAAAUGUCACACACAUGAGUAAAUCUAGGAAGGAUUGCUGGAGGAGAAGGAUGAACCUGGUGCAGUCCUUCAUGAAAACAAGGUGGUACAAGCUACACUCUAAGGCCGGCAAGAAGGAGAAGGAGCGCGGGGAGAUCCAAGUCACCAUCCAGUUCACACGCAACAACUUGAGCGCCAGCAUGUUUGACCUGUCCAUGAAGGACAAGCCGCGGUCCCCCUUCAGCAAGAUCAAGGACAAGAUGAAGGGCAAGAAGAAGUACGAGCUAGAAUCUGCCUCUGCCAUCCUUCCAAGCAGUGCCCUGGAGGAUCCCGAUCUGGGCAGCCUGGGCAAGAUGGGCAAAGCCAAAGGCUUCUUCCUCCGAAACAAGCUGCGCAAGUCAUCCCUUACCCAGUCCAACACUUCGCUGGGCUCCGACAGCACCCUGUCCUCAGCCAGUGGGAGCCUGGCCUACCAGGGGCCUGGUGCUGAACUCCUCACCCGCUCUCCCAGCCGCACCAGCUGGCUGUCCACUGAAGCGGGUAGGGACUCAACACAGUCCCCCAAAUUGCUCACGCACAAAAGGACAUACAGUGACGAGGCCAGCCAGAUGAGAGCGGCUCCUCCCCGGGCCCUCCUUGACCUUCAGGGCCACCUGGAUGUGGCCUCUCGCUCUUCUCUCUGUGUCAAUGGGAGCCAUAUUUACAACGAGGAGCCCCAGGGCCCCUUGCGGCACCGCAGCUCCAUCUCGGGCCCUUUUCCACCCUCCAGCUCCCUGCAUAGUACCUCUUCCCGGGCCUCUGAGGAGGGGCCCAGGUCUGCAGAUGACUCCUGGGGCAGAGGCAGCCGUAGCACCAGCAGCUCAGAGGUGGCCCCUGGACAGGAGGAGCCGAGCAAUCAGGCUGCAGGGGCUGGCCGCUCUGGAGAGGAGGAGGGGGCCCGGCAUCUGGAGGGGAAGCCCAUGCAGGUCGCCACACCCAUGGUGGCCUCUGCUGAAGCCUUGGCAGAGAAGGAGGGAGCCCGGAAAGAGGAGCGGAAGCCCCGGAUGGGCCUAUUCCACCAUCACCACCAGGGGCUGGGUCGGAGUGAGUUGGGGCGUCGCAGCUCUCUGGGGGAGAGAGGGGGUCCCACCCUAGGGGCCUCCCCCCACCACUCAUCCAGCGGGGAGGAAAAGUCCAAGAGUAGCUGGUUUGGCUUGAGAGAAGCUAAGGAACCAACUCAGAAACCCAGCCUGGACGUGUCUCCUCAGGUAGAAUCUGACCCAGCUGCUCUUCCUCACCACCUCCCCUGCUCCCCCUGUGCUCCGGCCCCCCCCACUCCUGCUCCCACCGCUGCUCCCAUGCUAAGCACUAACCUUUUUGCAGCCGCCUCCCCCGCUGCUGCCACUGCUGCCGCCGCCGCCACAGCUGCCCCAGAAGCCACCCCAGCUGGAUUUUUGGGUCUCACCAACCCAUUCCUCACCUCCUUGCAGAACAACCCUUUCUUCGAGGAACUCAUAGCCGACAUAGCACUAAACUCUCCUUCACCUGCUCCCUCUCUCCCCAGUGCCUCGAGGGCCAGCCCCACCCCCCUGGCCUCCUCUGGGAAGGCCCUGCCUGAGUGGGACGACACCUUCAACGUUUUUGCUGCCAGCAGGCUGUGUCCAGAGGCCAGGAACGAAAUCCUGGCCCCUGCAGAAGUGGGGCUGGAGGUGACUGGGCUGCACGACCCAGGCCCCAGGGCCAUGGCAGAGAAGGCAGCUGAGCCCCAGGGGGACCUUGGGGGCGGAGGAAGAGGUGGGAGCAGCGUAUGGCUGGAGCCCAGGCUGCCUCUGGACUUGGGACUGGACCGCCAGAGCACGAGUACAGCUGACCCAGGGCCCCUCGGGUCGGGAGGGGCCAGCCUGCCUUCCACGUCAGACCCGCUGCACCAGAGAGCCUCAGACUCUGAAGCAGACAGGGAGCCACUGGCCCCAGGAGGGGACGCAGGGCAGAGUCCAGCAAACAGUGCUACAUCUCUGUUUAGCUCCCCAGAAGUGAUCAGUGUGUGGGAGAGGCUUCCUGGCCCCGACGACGCCCCUGAGGGCCAGGAUGAGGAGGUCUCCUGCGGCAAAAGCCAGCUGUUCCACGAGCACAAUACGACGGAGGAUUCCUGGCCUUGGGAUGUGGUCACCAUUUCUCCUGCAGCUGAGACGUCUGCACUAGUCCUGCGGGGAGAGUCUGAUGAACUGCCUCCUCCCCAAGUGCAGCCAGAGUCACCAGAACCUGUGAGCCCCAAGGGGAGUGACGGGCUCUCCGCACUGGAGCUGGAGCCAGAACCCCAAUCUGAGCGGGUGUUGGACAAGGGGCUGCUGCCCAGCAGUCCACCUCCCAAGCCACCGCGCCUCUUCACACCCCCGGAUUCCAAGGAGGAAGAGGAGGAGGAGGAGAAGGCUACAGGGGGGCUGAGUAGCAGGGGCACAGAGACAGGCGCAGAAAACGCCUUCCCAAGUGCUCUGGUUGCUGGUCCCCAGGAGGCCAAGGAGGAGGGUGAGAAGCCCGGGUCAGAGUCUGACAGCCCUUCUUCUGGAACCCUGCUGGCUGAGCCAGGCCCGGAAGAUCUAGUGGAGGAUGCCAGUCCUCCUAUGUCUGGGUCCUGCCUAUCUCUGUCCACCAGUUGCCCAGAGGGCCCUGCCCCUAUCCCCAGUUACUCAAAUAGCUUGGCUCUUCAGAGUCAGCAGACCUCGGGGGUUCAGGAGAGAGGGGACAGCUCUGAGACUCCUGAGACCCAGGCCCAGGGACCAGUAGGAGAGGGGCUUGGACACCUGUCAGGCAGCAACCAACAGGCUCACUUGUGGGCCUCUGACGGGGAUGCCUUAAACCCCUUCUUAUCUCAAGGGAGACAGGAUCCCCCCAGCCUCCCAUCCACAUCCCCUCCAGGGUCCAGGGAAUCUUCCAUCCACUCUGGUCCAGAAGAGCUGCCCACGCCCCCAGAACCUGCCUUCCCACCGCCCCCUCUCCCACCCUGGGCCAGCCACCGCCAUGGGGGGCCCAGCCCUCUGUGCUCUCCCCUGCCUGGAGCCUGGCCCCUGACCUCUUCUUCCCCACCCCCUGGGGAGCCAGCCUCCCCCCCUGAGGGCUCCCCUGCCCCACUCGGGGAAGACCGCGCUGCAGCCACCCCAGCCUCCCUGCUUGUGCUUCUGCCCUUGGAGACACGACCAGCUGAGGAGUCACAGCCCAGUGCCAGCCCGCACCCUGUGAAGCCCCUCAGCACUGCCCCCGUGGAGGGCAGCCCCGACAGGAAGCCGUCCCGCUCUAGUCUGAGCACAGCCCUGAGCAGUGGGCUGGAGAAGCUCAAGACGGUCACAUCUGGCAGUGUUCAGCCUGUGACUCCGGCUCCCCAGGUUGGCCAUACUGUGGACACCAAGAGGCUGAAGGACUCGGGUGUGCUGGACCAGUCAGCCAAGUACUACCACCUGACGCACGACGAGCUCAUCUGCCUGCUCCUGCAGCGGGAGCGGGAGCUGAGCCAGAGGGAAGAGCACGUGCAGGAGCUGGAGAGCUAUAUCGACCGGCUGCUGGUGCGGAUCAUGGAGACCUCACCCACACUGCUGCAAAUCCCCCCUGAGUCCCCCAAGUAGCCCUCCCUCUGCACCCCCACUCUUAGAAGGGUUGAUGUGAACCCGCUGUCCAAACAGGGUCACACCCUCCGCAGCAUCCCACUGAACUCACUCACGAGGGGCAGAGUGCGGUCUGUCCUCCGUUCCGUGUCCUCCCCCUCCCUCCUGCCCACCCCCCCAACCCGGGGCUGCUGGAUGGAAGGGGAGGCUCUGCACUCCCAUCUGAGGCAUCAGGUUCCAUGUACAACUUGUGUGUCUUUGGGAGCUCUGGGUCUUUUCCACCUGCCUGUUUUCAUACCCCUUAGCUUUCAGGCUCCGGGAAAUUGGAGCAAAGAAUUUGCUCAAGACCAGACAGGGGUGAGCUGCAAUUCGAUGUGGUAUCUGGGACCUAUGUUAUUCCCCCACAAAGAUGGCCAGCCUUCCAUGGCUAAAUGCUUGUCCUCGUCAUCUCCUUCCACUUCUAGGGGCUCCUGGUGUUAUUACCGAGGCUGUGGCAGAUACAAACUGCCCAUUUGUGAGUUAGGGGCACCCAGGGUACCUACUCAGCCUCUUUUCCCACAAGAGCAAGGAGCUAGUGUCCUCUCUGCUGUGUCCUGACUCUGUUUUCCUCCAGCUGUUUGCAGAGCGAGUGUGCUGUGGAUGGAGUAGAUGUGUGUUCUCUAGGAGGCCCCCUGCCCAUUUUGUGUUACCUUCCAUUAAGUGUCAUGUGUGAGUGAGAGAGAGUGAGUGGAAAGCAGAGACAGGUGUGUAUGCGGGCGGGGGGGGCCCACCUUACCCACCUCCCACAUGUGGGCCCCUCCAGGCCUCAGGGCUUUGGGCUGCUUAUGUUUUUGGGAUCAAGCCUCCAUCUCCAUUCUUGUUGCCUGUCCAGAUGCCAAAACUCUGUGCUGCUACAGGGUUUGAACCUUUGGAAACCAAUUAAAAUGUGCCUUUUGCCGAUGGGAUCAAGACUUCUUCCCAUGUUUGGUGGCCCCCUCCCUCCCUGUGGAGCACAUGGGAUUGGAUCUCUCUGGGUCUUGGGGAUGGAAGCAGAUGGAGUGGAGGAUGGAGGCAGCCCCACUGUGUGCUGUGUCUUCCCCUGGCCAUGCUGCUGCUGUUCGCUCAGCCUCCCUGACCUCUUCAGAUUCCUAGCCUAAUUGAGGAGGGGCUGGGGGUAAAAACUACAUUCUAGAAGUAGGAGGUCCCACUCUGCCUACAAAUGGGAAAAAACCCUUUGUCUCAUCUAUCCACAAGCUACUUGUUCCAGCCAGUCCCUUUUGCCCCAUGGCCUCAUCUGGCUUGGCUACAAAGUGUCUGUCCUUUGAAACAGAGUAUCCUUUGGCCCUACCCCUGUUUGCUUGCAGAAAAUGCAGCAGGCUUCCCCUUGGCAUCUGCAGGGUACCCUUAGAGGCUUGGGGCAUCCUGCCUUAGCAAACGAUGUGUGGGGUGAGGUGUUAAAGUAGAUACUUUUGGCCCAGUGAAGAGUCCUGAGUCCUGUAGGACUCAGGGAUCUCUCAGAUCCCUGAGAGGACUGUGGGAUCUCUCAGAAAGCCUUGGGAAGAAAUGCACGGUGGGUGAUGUCCUCUGCCAGGGUGAUGCAACACAGCUCCUCAUGUGGGGUGAGUCCCAGUAAUGUUACCUACCUUAAGGACCAUUCAUCAAAACAAAGUGUUCACAGAUAUCUAGAAUUUUGGUCACAUUUGGGUGGGGGUAGUAAUUGGGAGUUGGAGUGGGGUCUCUCUUGGGAGAGAGGGCUCGAUCCUCAGCUAGGUAUUCCCCUGGGUUCUAUGCAGUCCCAGCCCUGACUCUGACCUUCCACUUACUGUUGAUUGUGGCCUCCAAAAUGCCUGGGGCAGGGAUGGUUUCAGAAGAAUUUUGAGUUGCAGCCCAAGGUUCUUGCUGGAUGUUGUUGCUCCUGGCCACAAGUCAGAGGAGAGCUGCAGGUGGGACGGGCAGGGAGCAGGCACAGUUCUGCUUUGCUGUUUGUCUUCCUAGUUGUAACUACUGUUUAUAAAGAGCUUGUUCUUCAUGUUUUCAGCACUUUAUGAAGAAUAAAAAAAUUCACGUACUGCAGCUGGCUCUGUUGUGUUCCUGUUCU